GGCCGGCUCGGUAGAGACCCCGGGCUGACAGAGCUUUGAAGCGGUGUCCGUCCGCACCAUGAGCGGCCGUAGUAGGGGUCGAAGGUCUUCCCGCGCCAAAGGCCGGGGCAAAGGCCGGGCCAGAGCCCGGGUCCGCGCCGCCGAGGACGAGGCCUGGCGCGACGCGAAGUCGCCGCAGGACCCGCAGCUCGGGGAGGACGCCGCGGCCGCGCAGGUGCAGGCCGACGCUGCUUCCGGAGGCCCGGAACCAGCCGAGCUCGGGGACGAUGCGGCCUGCCGCGUCCCGCUGGACUGCGGCCUGGCGCUGCGGGCUCGGGCUGCGGACGAGCGCGGGCUGGCGGCCUCUGACCCAGCCCUGGAAUUGGCCACAUCCCUCGCCGAGCGCCUGGCCACCGACACCGGCUUCGUUGGAACCGUAGGAGCCUUGGCGAGGCUGCGACACCGCACCCGCGUUGGAAAUCGGCGAGUCCCCGGGAGGAGGGCCCCAGAUACUCGGAGUGCCGCGGGGAGGAGACCUCAGGCCACAGUCAGUGGGAAGCCAAAGAUGGGCUCUGCGGGGCCGUGUGUCGCUGUCCCAGUGGGGGAGGAAAGGAAGGUGGCAGAGAAGCAUGCUGGGUCAGGGUCCUUCGCGAUGAUAGGCAGCAUGGAUACCCUGGAGACGGUCCAGCUAAAGCUCGAGACCAUGAAUGCACAGGCCGACAGGGCCUAUCUCAGGCUCUCCCGCAAGUUUGGCCAGUUGCGCCUUCACCAUUUAGAGCGCAGGAACCUCCUUAUUGAGAGCAUCCCUGGCUUCUGGGGGAAAGCCUUUCAGAACCAUCCCCAGCUGUCAUCUUUUCUGAAUAGCAAAGAUAAGGAGGUAUUGACCUACAUGAACAGACUGGAGGUGGAAGAGCUUGGCCUCGCUAGAUUGGGCUACAAAAUCAAGUUCUACUUUGCCCCAAACCCCUAUUUCCAAAAUAAGGUGCUCGUCAAGGAAUAUGGAUGUGGUCCCUCCGGUCAAGUGGUGUCUCGCUCAGCUCCAAUCCAGUGGCUCCCAGGUCAUGAUCUACAGUCCCUAAGCAAGGAAAACCCGGAAAAUAAUGGUAGCUUCUUUGGGUGGUUUUCAAAUCACGGCUCUAUUGAGUCUGACAAGAUCGUUGAGAUAAUCAACGAGGACCUGUGGCCCAAUCCUCUACAGUACUACCUGGUCAAUGAAGAAGCCCGUGGGGAGAAAGACAAGGAAGAAAGGCCAGGCCCAGCGAAACAGCCAGUGGAGACCGCUGAGCCUGGGGCGAAGCAGUCCAACUGAUGCUGCCCGGAUCUCCCCACUACCUCCUGAUGGACCUGUUAGGCUGACCACGUGCGUUUGGUUGUCUGCCUUCUGUUGAUGCCAUCUUAUGUACACCGCAGCCGCUUUGGACUGAUCUUCAAGAAUGUGGAAUUUGUGAUCAUGUUCUUUGCUUCUCCGUGGCCUCACCUUGUCACAAUAGUGACACAUCUCACUCUCACUGCUUGCAUAUUAAGCACUAAGAUGUAUGCAGCUUUACACUAUCCAAUCCCUGUUAUUAGCUCUGGCCCUUCCCACCUGUCUUUCUGGUGGACAUUCCGAGUCAUCGUCCAGAUGGAUACUCAAGCUAUGUUACUUCGUGGCCAGUCAGCUGGGCUUCCUCUUCAUUUUAGCCAUGCAUGUUAUCAAUGGCAAGGUUUUCUGUUGCCUUCACAAAACGAAGCCAGUGCACAUGGCAUUGGCCAUCAGCCAGAUUUUAUUGUUCUGUGGGUCUGGGGACAACAACCAAGGUUCUUCCUGUUUUGUUUCCAGCUUCAGCCUAGGGUCCAGCAGACUACUGGGUGUGGAUGAGGUCAAGGGCAAACAGGAGUAAAUUCUGUGUUCUUCACAUCUCUUCUUGCCUCUGGGCCAGUCUACUAGUGAACCUUCAUCCAAGUCUGGCCAUGCCUGAUUGUAGUCAGUCUGUUGACUAUUGGCUAGGUUGCUGUUGGCUCCAAUUGACUUGUUCAUGAAAGACUUCAAGAACCUGCCUAUGGACCCAGGCAUCCUCACAGUGCAUGAGCUACAAACCUACCCUCCACAGACUUUAGGAACCCUCCUGGUGGGCAUCCUGGUAUUUGUGAGUCCUGAGGAGGGUAGGGCUUUGGGCCACAGCCUUAUCAACUAGGUAUCUGUGUCAACUGUCCUUGUUCCUUGCUGAGAUGGGACAAGAGCACUUCAGUGGGAUGCUGAGGAAGACAGAUUUUUCAUUUGUAUGCUUGUGUUUACUUCACACCUCCAUGCAACUAGUCCACUUCCCUAUCUACCCACCCUGUCCUUCCUACUCUCCUCCUUGUUCCCCCACCCCCUGCCUCCUACCUUUAAAAUAGCAUCAGCUCA